CGGAGCGCGGGAAGGACGAAAAUGGCGGCGGCGAUCGCGGGAUGAGGAGCGGCCGCCCAGCUGUGACUCCUGCAGAGCUUGCCCGGGGCUGUGCCCUGCCCCAGCCCAGCACCCCGAGCCCUGAGGGAGCCCUCCUGCAGAGCUGGGCGCCUCCAGGCCGUGUCUGGGGGUGUGCAGCAGGGUGCCACCAUGGAGGAGGUGGAUUCCCGCUUCCUGCACCUGCUGCAGCCCAUCCGGGACCUCACCAAGAACUGGGAGGUGGACGUGGCUGCCCAGCUGGGCGAGUACCUGGAGGAGCUGGACCAGAUCUGCAUUUCCUUCGACAACGGCAAGACCACCAUGAACUUCAUGGAGGCAGCGCUGCUGAUCCAGGGCUCUGCCUGCAUCUACAGCAGGAAGGUGGAAUACCUGUACAUGCUGGUCUGCCAGACACUGGACUGCAUCUCCAAGAAAAAGAAGGAGAAGCUGCCCUCUUCCCUGGGCCCCGACGGCCGCGACGCCGACGCCACCUUCACGGCCAGGGAGGAGGAGGUGAGGAGGGCUCUGUGCUCCCUGCCCUGCUCGGGGGUCCCUCGGUGUCCCUGCCAGCUGGGCUCACACUGGGGGCUCUCCUGCAGUUCCUGUCCCUGGAUGACAUCCCAGAAACCAGCCCGGCCAGCGUGAACAUGAGGGGGGACCAGCAGCCUGCCGCCGUGAACAUCGUUCCCCUGACCCCGAUGUCCCUGGUGCCCCCGGAAGAGGGCGAGAAGAAGGAAAACCCCCUCCUGAGCCGGCGCGGCGAGGUGCUGGCCAGCCGCCGCGAUUUCCGCAUGAACACCUCCACCCCCCACGCCUGCGGCGCCUUCCUGCUGGAGCUGGCCGGGCUCUCCCCCACCCACCCGCGGCAGGAGCCGGGCCUGGGGACAGCCACAGCGGCUCCGGCGCCCAGCCCCGCGCAGCGCCCCAGCUCUGGCACGGCCCUGGCGCGGGCACUGAGCUUCUGCGAGGAGGCAGGUGCUGAAGGACCUGAGGAUGACGACCUUCCUGCAGUCCUGGAGGAUGACAUGGAAGUGACCCCGGUCCCCAACGAGCACAUCGUGGCUCAGAGGAGCACGCCCCGGACCCGGGGGUACGUCCUGCGGGAGAGACCCCCCAGCCAGGACCCCAAAGCCCUCAGCAAGGAGGAGCCCAAUCCGUGGCAGAGCCUCGACCCCUUCGGAGACUCUGAGGAGAAGCCCUUCAGGAAAGGGAGGCCCUUCCAGGUGCCACACGGCCUGGAUGAUGUGAUUGGAGGCAAGAGGAAGAGGAGGGGCCCGAGGAAGCUCCAGGAUUUCACCAGAUGGUUUUCUGCAGCCUACAACAACGUCACAGAGAGCCGGAAGAGCAGGAGGAAUGGCCCCACCUUUGCAGACCUGGAGGUGCUGUACUGGAGGCAUUUCAAGGAGCGGAUGGCGGCGCACAGGAAGCUCCGGAGCCGGGGGGUGCUGCCGAGGGAGCUGGUGCCAGAGCUGGAGCAGGAGCGUGGGGCUGACAGCGAGGAUGGGGCAGAUGAUGAUUUUGUGGAGCACGAGGACAUGGAGCACGAGGACAUGGAGCCCGAGGCUCCUCCAGAGGAGCUGGAGGAGAGAAACCUGGCCUCCCCUGAGCCUGGCUACGAGGAGCUGGUGCGCAGGAACGUGGAGCUGUUCAUGGCCAGCUCCCAGAAGUUCGCGCAGGAGACGGAGCUGUCCCAGCGCAUCCGGCAGUGGGAGGAGCGCGUGGAGCCGCUGCUGCAGGAGCAGGAGAGCCGUGCCCCGUUCGACGUCCGUGCCUACGGGCAGCAGCUGACCGGGCGCUGCGCGGAGCUGGGCCAGUGGCACUCUCUGGCCAGCCUGGUGGCCGGGCAGCCCCCGUUCGAGGUGUGCCGCUACCUGCUGGCCUCGCUGCAGCUCGCCAACGACGAGGAGGUGGAGCUGGAGCAGGAGCCGGGGCUGGAGGCGGCGCUGGACACGGCGCGGCUGCGGCUGCUCUCGGCCCGCCCGGCGCACGAGAGGUUCCAGCACCUGCAGCUGCCCUCCCAGAGAGACCCCGGCCCCCAAUAAAGCCCCCUUUGCUAAGGAGGGGCCUCUCACCUCGGGGUGGCGGGGGGGGUGCGGUGGGGGGUUAUGGGAUUUGGCUGCACGGGGAUUGUGGGGAGGGGGCUGGGGGGCUGCAGGGGUCACUUCAGUCACCUGCACAGGGACCCCCAGCCAUGGGGAGGGGGCUGCAGGGGUGAGGGGUCACUUCAGUCACCUGCACAGGGACCCCCAGCCAUGGGGAGGGGGCUGCAGGGGUGGGGGGUCACUUCAGUCACCUGCACAGGGACCCCCAGCCAUGGGGAGGGGGCUGCAGGGGUGAGGGGUCACUUCAGUCACCUGCACAGGGACCCCCAGCCAUGGGGAGGGGGCUGCAGGGGGUGAGAGGUUGGGGGGUCCCUCU